AUGGAGAGUCCAUCCUAUAUCAACUAUCCUCCACCGAUCGAGGGACCUGCAGUGCCCUGCCAAGAAGAGGAAGACAAAAAGUCCAUUCCAGUCUUCCGAGGAAUCCCUCUCCUGAUCGGCGCAACAUUAAUACAGAAUAUUGGCUUUGUCCAGAGUCACUUCUGGCGAGAAGCUGGCUUCAGCAAAAUCCGCGAUAUCCCCCACCUCCACCAGUAUGCUGGACGCUCUGAUCCAAGCGUGAUUCCCGUCCUGAAAAAUCCCCUACCCGACGUACCGGCCCCAACUGUCGCCAAGCGCAAGGGCAAUAAGGGGUACUACACUUCGGCCGACUAUCAAGAACUAUACCUCUCAGGCGAGGCGACACCCACGACCGUGAUAGAAACCCUGCUGCCUCUAGUCCGUCGCGAUGUCCAGCCACCAGGCAAGCAUUCGAUUGCUUUCUUGGAGUCGCAGGUUGAGUUAAUUCGUGCUGCUGCAGAGGCAUCCACAAAGCGAUACAAGGAAGGCAAGUCGCUUGGUCCCCUUGAUGGUGUUCCUGUUGCCAUUAAGGACGAGGUCCACAUCACGGGUUACAAGCGGACUCUGGGAACGAAACUGGACUUCAAGGCUGGCAAUGAUGGCACUUCUUGGUGUGUGAAACAGUGGGAAGAUGCCGGUGCAAUUGUGAUUGGAAAGUCUACUAUGCAUGAACUAGGCUUAGAUACUACCAACAACAACCCCAAUUAUGGAACCCCAAGAAACCCUCAUAACAGCGAAUACUACUGUGGUGGCUCAUCUGGAGGCUCUGCGUACGCUGUUGGAGCCGGACUUGUACCAUUUGCGCUUGGCGCAGAUGGUGGAGGUUCAAUCCGUAUUCCCUCAUCUUUCUGUGGUAUUUGGGGCCUCAAGACCUCACAUGGUCGCGUAUCUGGAGCUCCCUCUCUCAGUCUCGCACCCACAGUCGGUGUUCUCGGUCCGAUGGCUGCCAGUAUCGAUGAUCUCGCCCUGGCCUAUCGAUUGAUGGCAGUACCAGCACCCGCAUCUCAGGACCCAACUUCCUCCCUCUUCCCCAACCCAACCCCACCACCAGCAGACCGAAAGAGAACCAAGACCAUUGGAAUUAUCCGUGAUUGGAAUGAUCGCGCCGAGGCACCUGUCAAGGAAGUCUUCGACCGGGCACUGGACUACUACCGUGAGAAUGGUUACAAUGUGAUUGAUAUCGCGAUCCCAUAUCUCACAGAUGGUCAACGGGCCCAUGUAUUGACCAUCAUGGCCGAUAUCGCGUCCGGCGUUGACGCAAAGCAAAUCAAGGAUCUCACCGCCCCUAAUAAGGUCUUUGUGUCACUAGGCAUGUACCAGAUCAGUGCACAAGAUCUACUUGCUGCUCAGCGCCUGCGUAAUCUUCUGAUGACCCACCUUGCCCACCUCUUUCAAAAGCAUCCAGGUCUACUGAUUCUAACACCAUCAACACCGCUCCCAGGCUGGCACAUCCAGGGAGGUGAAGCAGACCUUGCUCGUGGCGUAUCGGAUGGAGGAAAGUCCGUCCGAAACAUGCUCUACGUAUGGUUGGCGAACUUCACUGGAUGUCCCGCCAUUAACUGCCCUGCUGGAUAUGAUCCUGCCACUGGUGUUCCAAUCGGUAUCAUGGCUAUGAGUGACUGGGGUACUGAGGAGGAAUUGAUUGACUUUGCGCGCGAUGGAGAGGGCAUCUUGGAUCUACCUGCUAACCGCCCACCUGGCACAAGUGAGUCCGAGGAAGCUUCACCAGGCUUACAUAUCCCGGCAGGUAAGGAUAGUGUGUGGGAAGAUGUUCUGGCUGGUGUGAAGGCGGCCCAGACUGCAUAA